CAGGUAAGCAGCAAUACUCCGAUCAAAGAGCUGAGAGCAAAGCAGGGUGCAGCUGCCCUAUAAUGACUGGCCACCACAGUUGGGGAUAUGGGCAGGAUGACGGGCCUUCCGAGUGGCACAGAUCUUAUCCCAUUGCCCGAGGGAACCGUCAGUCACCUAUUGAUAUAGUUUCUGCAAAAGCAGUCUAUGACCCUAAUCUGAUGCCGCUUAUUAUCUCCUAUGAAUCCUGCACGUCUCUCAACAUCUCUAACAAUGGCCACUCAGUUAUGGUUGAGUUUGAAGAUACUGAUGACAAGACAGUGAUCAGCGGUGGUCCAUUUGAAAAUCCCUUUCGGCUAAAGCAGUUCCACUUCCACUGGGGGGCAAAGCACAGCCAGGGAUCAGAGCAUACAAUUGAUGGCAAACCUUUUCCCUGUGAGCUCCACUUAGUUCACUGGAAUGCCAGAAAAUAUGCAACAUUUGGAGAAGCAGCAGCAGCUCCAGAUGGCUUGGCAGUAGUUGGUGUUUUCUUGGAGAUUGGAAAAGAACACACCAAUAUGAACAGACUCACUGAUGCUUUGUACAUGGUAAAAUUUAAAGGGACAAAAGCUCAAUUUAGAAGCUUCAACCCCAAAUGUCUCCUGCCUUUGAGUCUAGAUUACUGGACGUACCUUGGAUCUUUGACAACACCACCCCUUAAUGAAAGUGUAACGUGGAUAGUGCUGAAAGAACCCAUCAGUAUUUCUGAGAAACAGCUGGAGAAAUUCCGCAUGCUCCUCUUCACCAGUGAGGAAGACCAGAGGAUUCAAAUGGUGAAUAAUUUUCGCCCCCCUCAGCCACUUAAGGGGAGAGUAGUUCGAGCUUCCUUCAAUGCCUGAAGAAAACUGACAAUGGCCCUGAAAUAUCCAAGAGCUUCCACAUGAGAGCCAAUCUGUUUUCUGACCACUCAUGAAGCGUGCAAGAUAGCCAUUUCCCUGAACAUGCUGUACUUGGAGGGGGGACAAUUUUCUGAUUUUAUAAUUUAUUUAAAUCUCACUCUUUUUAACUUAGUCUUUCAUCUUUUUAACUAGAACUCUUUUUGGCAUAAGGGAUAGUAAAGUAAUUGGGAAUGCUGUCCAGGACUUGAAACUAAAAAUCAGUAUAAGAAACUGUGUUGCACUAUUAGUGCUGAUGCACACAUCUUUUGAUUUGAUACAAGAUGAAACAACAGUCAAGAAACUUGUAUAAACUGGACUUAAUUUUUUCCAUAGAUCUUUAUUGUUAGUAUUUGAGCUCCCUUUGAAAGAUUUUUCACUAUAUUUUAGCUGCCUGACACAAAGUGCACAAAUAGUAUAGAAGUUGUUUUUUAUUCACCUCAAGGAGGCACUAAUGGGAACACUACUACUUGAAAACACAUACAUUUUCAAGUUACUGUUCUAAGAUGCUAUCUUACUGGAAAUACAAUAUGUCAUGCAAAUGUUUAAAAACAGGCCAUAUUAUUGCAUAGUAUUGUUAGACAUUAAUUCUUUUAGCCCAUACAGAACACAUAAUUAUCGUGGCCUCAUUAGUUCUGAAAAAAUCUGUAGAAAUUCAGGGAUGUAUCUUCUGGCUAUCUCAAUUGUUCCAAUUCUACCUCAGGUGAUUUGCUUUGCAAUAUGAUCUCCUUUGGUGUCUGCCCUACAGAAUGUAGAUAGAUGGUUUGUUUUACUUGAGAACUAAUGUGGGUAGACCUUGACUGCACUGAAUGUACAUUGCUGCACAAAUCAUCCCCUAGCUACGGCCCUCUUCAGGAAUAUUCCCUGCAAAUGUGAGGUUCAUCAGUCACAAAUACUUUUACCUCCUCAAAAUUGUGGCUUUAGACAAGUCGUGCUUUAGUAUCGCUGCUACUGCAGUGUAGUGACAAAAUUCUUCAGACUUCUGUGACUAGUGGUAAAAUAGAGUGAGGUUAUCUAUAACUAUCCUCGCUCUAUUUUCAGUUAUUAAAUUAUGGGCUUAAAAUGUUUUGCUUAAUCUGUAUACUUCAGACACGAGUUGUUGAUCAUCAGUUUUCAUCUUAAAUGAAGAAAUUACUCAAAGCUGUAUACCCUAAAGGAAAGCAAGGGGGGGAAAGGUGAGGAGAACACCACUUGCCAUGGACUAUUUUUUCCUUCUCUGAAAAGGGAGAAAGAUACUGUGUGUGAAGCACAGUACGAGGAACAGAAGGCCAGAAUUCUAGAUGUAACUCUUCUACAGCUUUUCUGAUAUGCCAACCUAAAAUGUUCUGUUCCUUCGUUUCUUCAUAUGUAAAAUGAGAGUUAUACUGUAUGACUGACCUACCUCACAGGGAUGUUGUGAGGGCUAACUCAGCGUUGUUUUGAACUUGAGACUCUUACACAGACUAUAGUAGAGGAAAUAAUAAAAGAAACAUAAAAUGCAAUGUUUUUAACUAUAUGAAUGUAGCUUUGCUAGUAAUGCAAACUGGUAUUGCAAAAAAUCUAUUUAUGUAUCUUAAUUCAUUUGUCAAAUUAAAUAAAUGAAACUUAAAUAUGCACCUC